GGCGACGAGGCGCGGGUGCGCGUGGGCAGGAAGCCUCGCGAGGUGCGGGCGGGGCAUGCGUCAGUCGCGCAGCGAGCGCUAUAGCACAGGUACGUCGGGUGGCGCCGCGCCAACCCGUCGCGUGCGAGUGUUGUGUCACACAAGAGAGCCAGGUCGGUUUCGGCUGCCUUCGUCCCGACAUAACAAUGGCUCUCAACUCAGACGCUGAACAAAAGUCCACCCCCUUCGUUCGGGUGGAUCAGGACUCGGACUCGGUGCUGCAGUCAUUGUUCGACACAGUGCUAAAGCCGGAUUCAAAACGUCCGCUACAGGUGCCCCUGCGUAUGCGACAGCUACCAAAGUCGUUCUUUAACCCGCCGUCGACCGGUUCCAAGUCGCCAUCUGUGUCUCACUCGCGAGAAAACUCGGCUGAUUCUGCGUUUGGAUCCACUUCAGCAGGCGGCACAGUCCCAGUGUCACACUCUAGAGCGCACUCAUCACCAGCCAGCUUACAACAAACUUAUGCAGCAGCAGGACAACAGAAUCAGCAGCCACCUCUUCAUCAUCAGCACGCUAAACAAAGAUCAUACGAUGUUGGACCACAUCUUCAGGACGAUCUAGGCCCUUUACCUCCAGGAUGGGAACAAGCUCGAACCCCAGAAGGGCAGAUUUAUUAUCUCAAUCACAUAACGAAGACGACGACGUGGGAGGACCCGCGCAAGUCUCUGGCGGCGGCUCAAGUGGGCGCCGUGCAGCACCAGAGUGCCGAGGCGCUGCUGCCGCAGUCGCCGCCCGCGCCGCCCGUCGCCUCGCCCGCGCCCGCCGCGCCCGCUCCAGCAGCGAAGAGUACAAGUAGUAACGGCGGCGGGGGCGGCGCGGGGGGCGGGGAGCCGCUGGGCCCGCUGCCCGACGGCUGGGAGCAGGCCGCCACGCCCGAGGGCGAGGUCUACUUCAUCAACCACGCCGCGCGCACCACGUCCUGGUUCGACCCGAGAAUACCGCAACACCUGCAGCGCACGCCGUCGGCGGGCGUGGCGGGGGGCGGCUGGGCCAACGCCUCGCUGCAGGCGUGCCAGCAGAAGCUGCGCCUGCAGUCGCUGCAGCUGGAGCGGGAGCGCCUCAAGCAGCGCCAGCAGGAGAUACGGCUACAGCAAGAGCUAAUGGCGCGGCAAGCGUCGUCCAUAGUGUCGUCCCUGGCGUCUAGUGCGGGGGCUGCGGCGGACCUGCCCAUCGACCCCUUCCUGUCCGGCCUCACGGACCACCAGCGCCAGGAGUCGGCCGACAGCGGGCUGGGCAUGGCCGUCACGCAGUCCUACUCCAUGCCGCACACGCCCGAGGACUUUCUGUCCUCCAUGGACGACCGCAUGGACUGCACCAGCGAGUCCGGCGCCAACCUCGACACCAACGACAUCUCGCUCGCGGAUAACGAUCUGGUACCUACCCUGCAGCUGGGAGAGUUCACGAACGACAUUCUCCUGGACGACGUGCAGUCUCUGAUCAACUCGACGCCGAGCAAGCCGGACAACGUGCUGACCUGGCUGUAGGGCCGGCCUAGCACCGCCAUGGUCCAUACUGUGUCUAGCUACAGCCAGCCCCGCCAUGGCUCACAGACUAUUGUAGGUUACGUUAAGUUAGAAGAGUACUUACCGCGCCAGAGCGAGACGACGCGCCCGGAAACGGUAAUGCUGAUGUAAAUUUCGCUACAAAUGACAAUAAGCUUAGUGUGUGCGUGAAACGGACUCAAGUGAAUGAAUAUCUCGUGUUUAGUUUAGUGAUACUGUUCAUGUUACAACGGUGGCCUUUAUAAGUGAUUUAUUAUUCAGAAUUGGAUUUUAACGUCUCUGCAUUUAUUUAGACGAGAUAGAAAAACUCAAUUCUGUGUAAGUGAUAUGAAACCCCUUAUCGGAGUAUGUAUGAAGAUUAACUGUAAGUGUAAGGUGCCACUUUUAUGGACUCACUUGCAUAUCAUUAUAUGUGUUUUGAUAUAUACUUACUAGUUAAUUCAAGAAGAAAGCGGUGGAGCCGUCUCAUAUCAUGUAAAUCAUUGAUUGUGCCAAAAUCAAAUAACGGCUCUGUUGUUUUCUUCAGCAAAUUUAUUUCAAAACGGGCAUUGUAGUAUGAAACUUUAAGCCUUGUAAGCCAACAUCUACAUACGUUUGUGAAUAACUAGAUAAUAACAAACUAUUAGUCUAUUUCUACAACUCGUUCUUGUUUCUGUAUGUAGUUACUGUAUGUUUCGAAGUGUUUGAGCCAUGACUAUCAUUAUUGGCUAGUCAUAUUAGGAAUAUUGGUAUAGGGACUGCUCUGGAGGAGGCGGCAGGGGCAGUCACCGCAACACUUCUUUCUUCAUAGAAAGUCGCGGGUUGCGGGACAAUUUAUUAACAAAAAGAUGACAGGUUCUCUAUAGUCUUCACGUAAGACUAUAAGGAAUCCUUAACUUCUAAAAACUAGAUAAAUGUAAUUGGCUAAUUUCGAAUGAAUUUCAUGAUUGCCUUAAUGUGCCUUAAAUAACUUUAUUUAUUGUUUUUUAUAAUCUAGUAAAUGUUGAAAUUUUCUACAAACGUUUUAUAAGUUUCUACAAUUGUUUCUAAAAUGGAAAUCGUUGUGCGUAUUGGAUAAUCGAGAUAAUUAAGAAUACUUACCUUUUUGUAACGUGUUUGUCUACUUACACCGUCCUUGUGUAUUUUCAAUGAGAGAUAAUUAGACGUUAAGUUUUUAUAUAUUACUUAUUCAUAAAAUAAAUAUGUUGGCAACUACUA